GGUCGCGCAAGGCAUGUCGGGAGCUGUAGUCCACACAAUGUGCAGGGUAUUUACUUGACACUGGAGAAGGGACAUUUUAAAACGUGUCUGUGACUGAAGGAAGACAACAAGUGAGUACACAGGAUUUCAUGCGGAGAUGGCUCCGGAAUGUGAUAGCAGUGAUAAUCUAGAACCUCCAGAGGAGGCUACAGAGGCGGAGAAGGAACAUCAGUCUCCUACUGAAGAAGCUCAGUCUCCAUCCGAGGACCAGCCGCCAGCAGCAGCCGAGGACAACCAUCAGUGGAAGAUUCUGCUCUUCUACCUCUGCUUCUAUGGAUUUAUGAACCAGCUGCGUCCAGGAGAAAGCUUCAUAACGCCGUUCCUACUGAGCCCAGAAAGGAACUUUACAAAAGAACAGGUCACCAAUGAAAUUACUCCGGUGCUGAGCUACUCGUACAUGGUGGUGUUGGUGCCUAUUUUCCUUCUGACCGAUUAUCUCCGCUACAUACCAGUGUUGAUCCUGCAAAGCCUUAGUCACAUCUCUGUAUGGCUGAUGCUCAUCUUUGGCACAGAUGUCCUCACUAUGCAGUUCAUGGAGUUCUUCUACGGCAUCACCAUGGCGGCUCGUGUUGCGUAUUCAUCAUACAUCUUCUCAUUGGUUUCUCCGGCCAGGUAUCAGAAGGCAGCCAGUUACUCCCGAUCCUCUGUGCUUUUUGGGGUCUUUGUGAGCUCUGUGUUGGGACAGCUUUGUGUCACUGUGGGCGGCGUUCCUUUUCAGACUCUCAAUUACAUCUCUCUGGGUUUCAUGGCGUUUGGACUCAUCCUCACAUUCUUUCUGCAACGUCCCAAGAGAAGCCUCUUCUUCAAUAAAACUAUUUCUAAGCAGGAAAAUGGGGUGCAUCAGUCCGAGCUGCAGAAGAUAAAUCCAGAAGCCAAAGAUGAAGGUCUCUGCUCAGGGUGGAGAGAGUUUGUGAUUGUCCGUAUGCUCUUAGAAGUGAAGAGAACAAUCCGUCAUCCCAGACUGCGAAUCUGGUCCCUGUGGUGGAUCUUUAACUCUGCCGGGUACUACCUUAUGCUGUAUUACGUGCAGAUUCUGUGGAACGAGAUCUAUCCCGCAACAGACAACCGCAGGGUAUACAAUGGGGGUGUUGACGCUGCUUCUACACUUCUUGGAGCCCUGACCUCAUUUGCUGCUGGUUACGUGAAGAUCCGCUGGAGUCUGUGGUCGGAACUGGUGAUUGGUUUAGUCACUGCUCUGCAGGCUGGGCUCCUCCUCCUCAUGAACACGACCACAAAUAUCUGGGUGUGUUAUGUGGCUUAUGUCCUUUUCCGCAGUUCUUACCAGUUCCUGGUCCCCAUCGCCAUUUUCCAGAUUGCAAGCUCUUUAUCCAAGGAACUUUGUGCACUAGUGUUCGGAGUUAACACUUUCUUUGCCACAGUCCUGAAAACAAUUAUUACGGUUAUUAUCGCUGACAAGAGAGGCUUGGCUCUGUCUGUACACCCACAGUUUUAUGUCUAUUUUGCCUACUUUACGGUCCUGGCUGUGGCGUACCUUAUUGCUGCUGCCGUGGUGAUCAUCAAGUACAAGAAAUCAGAGCGUAUUGAAGCGAAUGGCAAGACCCAGCCGGAAGCACCCACCGAGCAGAAGGCGGUGACGGAUAAAAGUGCCGGCGUGGAAUCUCAUGCAUAAAGCCAGUCCGUCUCCAAACACGAGAUGACAGUAUUCCAGUAUUAGCACAAACUCAGGUCAGCCUGUGAUGAAAGCAGACGCUGUCGUUAGGACAAUAUCUUUAGGAAUAGUGAGACCAAGUUGUGCUAGUGCCAAGGUACAUAUUGUACAUGCUACAAGAUCCUGCCUCUCUGUAUAAGUUAAGAGUAGGUACACGUGGCUGCUUUGGGUCAUUCCCAUCUAGAACCGUUAGCACUGGUUGGCAGACUGAAAACGGAUGAUCGAGUCCACUGCAGAAGAAUCUCAGGGAUUGGGCUUUGCCAAAGGACAGGAGUUCUUGAUCUUGGAUGCUAAGUAAUUACUCAAGUAAGUUUAUAUGCCUUAGGACACAUUCUCACUGCACCAGCCGUGCCAGGAGGUAAAUCUUUGGAUGACUAUUCGAUCACAACAGUUUGAGAAGAGUCACCAAACUGGAACUCUGACUAUAAGAGACGCUGUUUCGGAUGUCUACUAAUUUACAGUAGUAUACUGUAGUCACUGGAAGACCAGCACACUUGAAACUGUGAAAUGACCGACCAGAGAUAAUUUAUUGUCUGGUUCAUUAUUUAAUGAAAACCGUUUUAAAGGACAGUGAUCAGCUAAAUUUGAUGGGCUCCCUCUAUGGGAAUGAAAGUGCACUUAUAAUUUUUAUUACUCUAGCUGUACAAUGAAGUAUGUGGUUAAUUUUACAAACACGGUUUUUUUCCCUGCAAAGUGUGCUGUGUGCACUUUUCUCAUAUCUGCUGUACCUUUGGACCAAAAUAAAUACAGAGAUACAGAC